UUUUGCCAAUAUUUAAUUUAACACCUUACAGAUAUAUAUAUAUAGUUAUUUCCCAUGUGGGUUUUGAACUACAUUGGAAUCCAUUUGGUCUUCCCCAUCAGUGAUAGUUUUCUUCUUCAGUUUUCCAAGAAUCUCUGUUUAUGUGAGAGAGUAGAUGUGAUAUGAGUUGUGAGCCAAGUAAAGCCCCAUAAUCAUCAUCACACGAAUUCUUCUUUACCUGUUGGAUUCAUAAGCAGCAGGGAUUCAACCAAUUGAUACAUAUACAUAUUUAUAUCAUGGGGCACUUGAAGAACUUGGAACACAAGAAGCGACAACUAUCCCCAACAGUGGUUCAGAAUUUGUUGAAAGAGGAGAUUGCACUGCUUCAGAAAGAACUGGACAGCCAAACCGUAGUAAGGUCUGCUCUUGAAAAAGCAAUGAAUUGCCAGCCUCUUUUCCACGAUCCCACCUAUAAAUCACUCUCCCAGCCUGCCGAGGAUCUCAUCAAAGAAAUUGCUCGUCUGGAGAUGGAAAUUCUGCAUCUUGAGAAGUAUCUUCUGUCGAUGUACCGAAGGAAUUUUGUGAAAAGGCUGUCCACAAUAUCCACACAAGCUGAAAGACACAAAACCAACGAUGAAAUGCACAUUUGGAUGACACCUUCUGAAGCAAAUUUACAUUCAGGGAAUGAACAAGAUUCAUCAACCUUUUCAGCAAACGACGCCGUUUUCCCCAACAAACGCGGCGGCGACAUUCUCGGAGCCGACGCGCUGAUCGACGGCGGCAUAGGCCGAAGCCAAUCUUCACUAUCUCACUAUUCAGCUUCUUCUUUCAGAGCUGAAGCUGUCACUGAAGCUGUUGAUGCUUACCAUUCCCUGCCUUUGUUCAUGCUAGAGUCUACUUCGAAUUCCAAUCCGGCGGAGGCAGAGCAAGAGCACGACUACUAUGGUUUCCGGGAGACGCCGAAUUGGAUAUCCGAGGAGAUGAUCAAAUGCAUCUCAACCAUAUAUUAUCAUCUCUCCGACCCACCUCAGCUCGCUGAAGCAUUCACCACUUCGCCGCCGCCCAACUUUUCUCCGAACAAUGCUUUCCGCGGUGACGGCUCCAAUGAAUUUCCGGGAUCAAUAUUCACAACAGUUGAGGUACACGGCCUCCUCAAAGACUCCCAAAGGCUAAACGCAGUUGAACAUCUCCUACAUAAUUACAGGUGUCUCAUUUCUAGGCUGGGACAAAUUGAUCCUGCUAAAUUAAAGCAUGAAGAGAAAUUAGCAUUCUGGAUCAAUGUUCACAAUGCACUAGCAAUGCAUGCAUUCUUGGUUUAUGGGGUUCCCAGAGGAAGCUUAAAAAGGAUCUCUCUAGUCCUAAAGGCUGCAUACAACAUCGGAGGCCACACUGUAAGCGUUGAAACAAUACAGAGUUCCAUUUUGGGGUGUCGACUGCCUCGCCCAACCCAGUGGCUUCAGUCACUGUUUUCCCCUAAGACAAAGUUCAAAGCUGGAGAUCCUCGGAAAGUAUAUGCUAUGAAGCACCCGGAGCCUCGACUACACUUCGCCCUGUGUUUGGGAUGUCAAUCAGAUCCAACAGUUCGAGUAUAUACGGCAAAGAAAGUGUUCCAGGAGCUCGAAAUGGCGAAAGAAGAGUACAUUCAGAUGAAUAUGAAGCUACACAAAGAACAGAGAUUAGCCAUACCGAAGAACAUAGAGCUUUAUAUAAAGGGGGCAGGCUUAUCUCUGUCGGCCAUAUCAGAAAUGGUCGAACACUCCAUGCCUGAGUUUUUCAGAAAGCAUUCCCAGAAUGGAAAGUUCUGGAAAAAGAUCGACUGGAUCCCUCACAACUUCACCUUCCGUUUCCUACUCUCGCAUGAACUCAUCGGGUGAUAGAGAUGCAUUUACAAAUAUCACAGCCUCGGAUGAAUCUUGAGUUUCACACAGAAAUUAAGUGACUAACAAUGUCUGUCCGGACAACAUGGAUGGAGAGAAAAUAGUACUACAAUGUUGCGUGGAGAGAUUUUUGCAUAUAAAUAUUUACCUGUCGUUAGAGACAAACUAUGAUAGAUGCAAUGUGUAUAGUAGUCAAUGAAAAGAACCUAAUCUGAUUCCCACUCUUGUGUAUUGAUUUCUUUCUCUUUGAGCAACUUUUUAUCACUCUAAGUGAAAGCACCAAUGUUAUUGUUAAUCGUGUCCCUAUGAAAUCAGAUUUAUAUGUUCUUGAACACU